CUCGGGGUCAUAUCAUUUGACAAUUUUAAGAAAACACUCGAUAUGACAUCGGUGAAUAAAGAUUUUACGUUUAAUUUCGAUUGUGAUUUCAUCAACCUGCAUUUUUCCAAGGAUAGAUCACGACUUCAAUAAUGAGCAUGCUAUCCAAGCCUUUAAACAAAUGGAUAAAGAUAAAACUGGAACGAUUACAGUUGAUCAGUUUAAAAGUAUUAUUUUGCAGUUGAAAAGUCAUUUGUUGACUCCUUUGAUUAAAGAAAAUCUACUCACAGUUGCCUUACAAGGCGAAAUGAAUGGUGGUCGUAUUACCUUUGCUUAUUAUAUGGCUUUCAUUGCACUCUUGACUAAUAUGGAAUUAGUUAAAAAAGUGUAUCUAAGUCGAACUAAUGGGAACGCCAAAGUAGAAUUGACAAAAGAGGAAAUGUUGAAUGCAGCACAAAAUUUCUCUCAAAUCACGCCAAUGGAAAUGAGUAUUCUAUUUCAGCUCAUUUCACUUCUUCGAAAAGAUGGACGCGUUACUUAUCAAGAUUUAUGUGCUAUUACCCCCGUGGAAGAAAAUUCUAUGUCACACCAUAUGCAGGCUCGACUUCAGGGAAAUUCUGGAAAUAAUGUAAAUGUACCUCGUGGAAGAAGUGUUUUAAUGUCCAUACUUGAACAAUGUUAUCGGUUCACUUUAGGCUCAAUUGCUGGUGCAUUCGGAGCUACUGCCGUCUAUCCAAUCGAUCUUGUUAAGACAAGAAUGCAAAAUCAACGUGCUACUGGAUCAACUACGGGUGAACUUAUGUAUAAAAAUAGCUGGGAUUGUUUUCGUAAAGUUAUUCGAUUUGAAGGAUUUUUCGGUCUGUACCGAGGUUUAGGACCACAGAUAUUAGGUGUUGCACCAGAAAAAGCGAUUAAACUUACCGUCAAUGAUUUAGUUCGUGAUCAAUUUACAAAACCGAAUGGUGAUAUCUCAAUAUAUGCUGAAAUAUUAUCUGGAAGUUGUGCAGGAGCAAGUCAAGUAAUUUUUACUAAUCCUUUGGAAAUUGUAAAAAUACGACUUCAAGUUGCUGGAGAAAUCGCUGAUACAAGGCGUCUAUCAUCCUUCUCAGUUGUCAAAGAUUUAGGACUUUUCGGGCUUUACAAAGGAUCACGAGCUUGUUUUUUACGUGAUAUCCCAUUUUCAGCUAUAUAUUUUACUUCAUAUAGCCAUUUGAAAAAGUAUUUUGCAAAUGAAAAUGGUUGUAAUUCAUCAACAAGCUUAUUACUGGCUGCAACAAUUUCUGGAGUUCCUGCAGCAUUUUUAGCCACACCAGCAGAUGUAAUCAAGACAAGAUUACAGGUACUAAUUAUGUACUUCACCUACCUUUUGAUCACAUUUGUUACCUACUGAGUUGCUUAUUAUAUGUAAUCAUUGAUUAUUCAGUUAUUAUGAAUUAUAUUGUGAAAUGUAUUCAAUUCAUAUCCACUGUAUUGAUUUGAAUGAGAUAUUGUUAAAUUGACAUUCUGACCUAAUCACGUGUAACCAUUUGAUUUCUCUGACAAUUUUCAUGUUAGUGUACAUCAAAAUUAAAGUUAACAAACUAUCUAUAAAAGAAAACAAGUUGAUUUCAAGCACUAACAGCCUCGUCCCUAUUGCUUCUAAAUAUUUAGUCCUUCAAAUGAUAUUAAUGAGAAGUAUAAUUUAACAUACAAAAAAGGAACGGACAAGCAACAAAUUAAAUCAAAAGGUUGUAGCGCGUACAGGUCAAACAACAUAUACAGGAGUAAUUGAUGCGGCUAGAAAAAUUUGGCGUGAAGAAGGUGGUCGGGCAUUCUGGAAGGGAUCUGGUGCUCGCGUAUUUCGAUCUAGUCCACAGUUUGGAGUGACACUUUUAUCAUAUGAAACACUUCAAAGAUAUCUCAACUUUGAUUUUGGUGGAAGAGAACUCUCUGGUAAACCAAUUAAUUGUCAUACUUCAGUAUUUCCAACUAAUCCUGAUCAUAUUGGCGGUUAUCAAUAUGCAACAACCACAUUUUGUGGUAUUGAAUCACGUUUAGGAUUAUGCUUUCCAAAAUAUGCAUUGAAUUAAAAUGAUUUGUUUUGUUAAUUUGUGCGCCUUCAUAAUUCAAUCUCGGUUCGGAAUUCUUAUAUUUUUUUCCUAUUGAAUUCCUUUUUUUUAUUUUUAUCUAAUGUGACAAUAAUCAUGGGUCGUUUUUGUAAACUGUAUUUUAUUACAACUCUCAGGUGAACUAGGUUUUGCAUAGAAAGCAUAUUCUGUAAAGGUAUUAGAUUGGUUAUGAUAAGCAAACUAUCCAUAUUCGUAUACAUAUACACAACGUUUAACGUAAUAUUCGUCUAAUAUUUCCUCCGUUCAUAAAUGUUGUAAUGAAUAUCAAAAAAUAUAGGAUAUAUUCACAUUUGUUCGUCUUGUUCUUUUUCUAUCCUUAACUUGCUUUUUUUUCCUGUAUUCACUAUGGACAUCAUAAGACUGCAAUUGAAAAGUUCGUUUCGUCUAUGUUCUUUUUUUCUUUUUUGUCAUAUCUAUGAAUAAAGUAUUGUUAUUUUGCAUUCUCUAGCAUUAUGGUGUUUAUGGUUCUUUUUUCUUUUCUGUUUUAUUACAUAAAUCUCUCUUCUGAUUCAAAGUUUAGCAGUAUAUUUCCAACGGUCAUUUUGCUAAUUUAUAGUGUUAUUUUAUUCCAUCUAAUUGUAUUAAUAUAUCUUUUCAUUGUACAAUCGACAGUAUAUUAAUAUUUCUGUUACCUCUCCUGGAUUAUUACUGAUACUGUUACAUCUUCCAAUAUUUUUUAGGGGUAAUGACAUCUAAAAUAACUUAAGAUUAUUGUUUUCAAAUUUCUCACAAUUUUAUUUUAUAUUAAUUAUGAACAAGUAUUUCUCAGUAGAUGUAAUGACUACAAUUGUACGUAUUAUUUCCUUACUGUUGUACUUAAUUUUUCUGCAUAAAAUGUUUAAAUAAUGGUGUGACGUGUUUUCAUUUGGAUUUUUUUUUAAUUCUUUCUACCACAGUUAUCUAAACUGUUGUACUUUAAACCUUUGCGUCACAUGCUCGUAUUAUGCCCAUACGCUUAUCUGAAUGUUUACAAGGGGGAGUACCAUGCAACCACAACAUCUUCAACGUAAAUUGAAAUUAUUAGUAACAUGAACGCUUAAAUAAUCUUGUAAAAUAAGCACCUACUCUUAACUAGUAAUGCAACUAUCUACAUAGUAUUAAUCAUUACAUCGGAAACGAAAUUCGCAAUAAACAAGUAUUCUAACAUUUAUAUCCAAUUCAAUUUUAAAUUAUCAAUCAUUUGAUGACCUAUGCCAACCAGUUGAAAGAUCCAACCCAACUCUAAACGUAUCAUUAUGGUAGGGGGAAUAUAAUCAGAUUUUAAUUUAGGGACGUUGUUAAAUAGUAAGACAUCAUCCAACAACAUUUUUCAUUGUCUCUUUUUUAAGUGUUACGCACUUCUUAAUAUACUGUUCAUGUAACACAUUUCACUAAAUUUAUUGGAAUAAUUUUACUAAUGUGGACUUCUAUGAAUUUAAACAGCGUCUUAUUCACCCGAUUCAAAAUAAUCAGUUAUUUUCUUUAUCCAUUACACUUUAUCAGGCAAUGAGUACACUGUAUAUUACUUCCUCUUAUUAUAUGAUUAUAAAAUAUUGAAUGUGAAUCUAGUAUAUAUAAUAGAUGUUCCAUAAUAAGUAAAUUAUGACCGUAUUCAAAGAAAACUCUAGAACAAUUGAUAACUAGUUUGACCACGUUUUAAAUAUGUGUCUAUGUCAACUCUCCUCUUGAUUCAUAAUAUUUAUGUUUUACUGGGGUUUUUUGCGAUAUGUCAUUGAAAAUCAUAGUCAUAUGAACUGACAACCUUAAUUGCUGGAACUCAUCAUCACCUCUUAUUGUGGAUUCAUUGAGAUUUGUGUAAAUCUGUCAACACUAUUUUUGGGUACAUAAAUAUCGUAUUCACUAAUUGUUGCAUACAAGUUAAACUAGGGUUUCAUCUUCAUUAGGGCUUAUUAGACUUAUUUACUUCCAUCUAUGUUUCAAUUAUACACUCCACGACGUGAUGUUGUAGGCUAUUCGACUAAAAAAACUUGUUUCUUGAGAUGGUUGUUUCUUACAUUACAUUUAAAACAAAAAACCACUUGUAGGAACAUAUAUUUCAUUCUUUUCUAGACGAUCUUUAUUUACUUCAUAACCGAAAUUGAGUAAAUAAAUUUAAUUCAUAUGGUAGCGACAAAGUCAUUCGAUAUUUUAGUCCAACUUUAUCAAAACUCGUUUGUUCCUAAAAUCUCCAUAUUUUUAUGGAAAAAAUGUAGCAUAUGUCUCGAUAUUUUAAUUAAAAGCCAUUCCGUAGAUAUUAACCAGUUUAGAAAGGUGAAUCGCUUCGUAAAGAUCACUACGAUUGUUUCUUCAUCCCUAAAUAAAACACGCAUAUAUUUCAAAUCUCUUAACAAGAUUAUUGUAUUAUAUAAUAAGUGAUUUAUUGGGUCUCAACUCAGACUUUGAGUGAUUGUGUACUAUUCAUGAAACUUUAUUCCUCUGUGUUUCAUAUGUUAAACAGGUUCUUACUUUGGCCUCCCUAUUUAGUACAAAACAACCAUUUUGGUGUUCUCUAGUUUUCAUCAGUUAACUGUUCAAGUGAAUUACUCUUUUAAAAAAUCUAUCUUGUCAGAUCUGUCAUUAUCUUAAGAAUGAUUAUUAUAAAUACCAAAAGACAAUUGUCUUUUAGAAUCUAUUAUGACUGUUUGUCUGAUUAUGUCUACUCCGUUUUAUAACAAUUUUUCAGUAAAACAUUUUAUGACUAAGAUCAUGAACCGAUUGAUGUUAGACCACAUUUGGAAACUUGGAAGCAC